AAUAUCCUUCUAUACCGGAGUGGGGCCUCUCCUGUGUUAGGUAGGGUUCAGAGGCUGGAGGAUGAGGGGAUGGUGUAAAUGCCACUGAUUACCGGGUUCUGCUCCGAUCCUGGAGGGUACCGGAAGUAGCUUGUCAUGUGGUGCUGGGUAUAGAGGACUGCUUCCGGGUUCUGCGGCUGUCUGCGUCCUAUUUUUACGGUGCUCAGCAUUUGGCUUUUUCGGUUCCUUUCCUAUGGGAGGGAGGGUGAGGGUGACUUCCAGUCGACCAGAAGGAUUUCUGCGAACCUUUCAGGCGCGGAGCCUCUCCUGUACAUGGAAUGGAAGACAACUAAAAUUUCCAUACCGUCAAGAGAACUAACAGAAGAUUUCUGAGAAACUGAAAUCACAGAGAGUGUUACCAGAAAGGCCACAAGAGAUUGUGCUAAAAUGAAGGAAAGACAGAAUGAAACCGUUGUGGAAAAAUCCCCUAGUUAAGAGACGACGUGAACUCACUCCCUCACAGGAGGAUUUUUAGAAUAGAUCAAAAAUUUCUGAGUUAAACCUUUAAGAGUGCCUUCAGUCCGCUAAAAAUUAUUAUCAUAACUAACUCACCAGAAGCUACACUGAAGAAAAAUUAUAAGUACCCCAAUUAUGAGAAGAAUUUUUCUUAAAUCAAGUCAGAGAAGAAAUCUUAUAAAUGUUCUGAGUUUGGGAAAAUUUUUUAAGCUUUCAGAUUUGGACACCUGAAUAUUACCAUAGUUCUGCAGUAUUAUAAGCAUCCAAAGUAUGGGGAAGAUCCUCAUUGAAAGCUAUACUUAAAAGUAAUUCAUUAGAGACCUCACAUCAGGAAUAAGAAAAAAGAACCAAAAACCAUGGUAUGAUGGAAAGAGUACUAUACUUGGAGACAGGUGAUUCUGAUGAUUACUAGUUAUGUGACACUAAGCAACCCAGUAUCUCUAAGACUCAGUUUCCUCAUCUGUAAAAUGGGAGAUUAGCUUAGCAUAGGUAAUAGAAAAUCCAAUCUCUAAAACCUAUGACCUGAAUGUAAGAAAAGUUGCACUCAGAGUAGAAAUGUCAUUAUCAACCACAUAAUUCAUAAUCUGUUAUUUUGAUAAAUGUAAAAGAUAUUUAUCAAGAUGUAUUGAAUGUGGCAAGAUUUUAUUUAUUUUGAUACUACAGGCUGCUUUAUUGACUUCACUAUUCAGUAAAAUGUGUCCUGUCUCAAGUUCCCAGAACAUCAAAAUGGCACAGAUGGCAGGUCCUGGAAGACUAAAGACCUACCCCAGGUUCCUAGCCUAUAGGCUCAUUAGCUACUAAAUUGUACUCUUUUUCUCAGCAGUGAGAUGAAGCCAUAGCAUUGAGAAAGAAAAAGAUUUGAUCUCAGCCUACUAACUGGUUCCUUCUCUUAUUCUUUCAACUUCCUUUUUAGAGAGUCUAGAUAUCCUUUGAUUUUCCUUUGCUGUACCUCCCUUCCCCUGCCUAUGCUCAGUCUUCCAUGCUUUCUGUUCUACUGUACAACUUCUUUCAUAUGGUUAUAAGGGGGGUUUCCAGGUGAAUAUAUGGGCUUCUGUCCUUCCUGACUGUCCAUAUUUGAAGAGAAAUGAGGUACUGAAAUCUUUCUUGAAGUGUUCACUAUAGUGCUAGAAUUGUAGUAGAGAGGAAGAUCCCCAGUAGUGGUGGUCUUUAAAGGUCAUGACAGAGGGAUGUUCAUUGUUCUGAUGUUCUGAUAUUCAUUGUUAGGUCAUUACCUUCCCAUCAAUCUAUAUCACUUGUAGCUUCCAUUGUCUCAAUAUUUUUCUACCAAUAUUGGUGCUCUCUGAGUUUUUCAAUUUUUACUUAUUGUCAUCCAAUAUUGCUAUUUUUUCUCCCAAUUUUCCUUGUUUCUGUAUAUUGAAAAAAAAAUCAGUAUGAAUAAGAGGGGAAAAUAUACAACAUUGAAUUUAGAGGAAAAAAUGAAGGUCUUGAGUAGAAUUGAAUCUGGACACUCUCUUAAAAGUGUAAUGGAUGAAUUUGGAAUAAGUAAAUCAACAUUUUAUGACAUUAAAAAAAAUAAGAAAUUGAUUUUGGACUUUGUGUUAAAACAAGAUAUGCCAUUAAUAGGAGCAGAGAAAAGAAAAAGAACAACAGGUGCCAAAUAUGGUGAUGUUGAUGAUGCAGUAUACAUGUGGUACCAACAAAAGCGUUCAGCUGGUGUUCCGGUUAGAGGUGUGGAACUUCAGGCUGCUGCUGAGAGAUUUGCACAGUGUUUUGGUCGAACGGACUUUAAAGCUAGCACUGGUUGGCUUUUCAGAUUUCGAAACAGGCAUGCAAUUGGGAAUCGAAAAGUAUGUGGGGAACAAAUUCUGAAUUCAGUUUCAGAAAAUGUUGAACCUUUUAGACAAAAGCUAUCCAUGAUUAUAAAAGAAGAGAAAUUAUGUCUGGCUCAGGUAUACAAUGAAGAUGAGACAGAUCUCUUUUGGAAGUCAAUGCCAGAAAAUAUUCAGGCAAACAAAAAAGAUAUAUGUAUGCCAGGGCGGAAAAUAAACAAAGAAAGGCUAUCGGCUCUUUUAUGUACAAAUGCAGAUGGGACCCACAAAUUGAAGUCAGUUAUUAUUGGAAAAUCAAAGCAGCCUAAGUCUAUUAAGGAUAAUAUAAAUGCUUUACCAGUAAUAUAUAAAUCCAGUAAAGAUGCAUGGUUCACCAGAGAAUCGUUUUCGGAAUGGUUCUUUCAAAACUUCAUUCCUGAAGUUAGAGAUUUUCAGCUUAAUGUCCUAAGAUUGGAUGAAAAUGAUGUAAAAGCAGUGUUACUCCUAGACAAUUCUCCAGCCCAUCCUUCAGCUGAGUCUCUAAUGAGCAGUGAUGGGAGAAUCAAAUGUAUCUUCUUUCCCCCAAACACUACAUCAUUUAUUCAGCCAAUGAAUCAGGGUGUGAUCUUGAGCUGCAAGCGACUUUAUAGAUGGAAACAGCUUGAAGAAAGCCUAGUAAUUUUUGAUGAGAGUGAUGAAGAACAAGAAACAAGAGGAGAAAAAACAGUUGGAAAAAUCAAAGCCUAUGACAUAAAAAAUGCAGUUUUUAACUGGGCAAAGAGUUGGGAAGAAGUAGAGCAAAUAACAAUAGCAAAUGCAUGGGAAAAUCUACUUUACAAAAAAGAACCAGAAUAUAAUAUUCAAGGCUUAGAAAAUGGUGAUUACAGAGAAAUUCUUAAGCGAUGUGGUGACCUGGAGACAAAUUUAGAUGAUGUCAGGAUGUGGUUAACUGAAGAUAAUGAAGCACAUCACCCCACCAAAAUAGAAGAUGUUACUAGAGAAGUUACCCAGGAAGGAGGAGUUGUUGAAGAGGAGGCAGAACAACAUUCAGCAAAGUUUAAAUUAUCCAGUGUUCAAGAGAAUUUGGACUGUCUUCUUGACUUUGUUGAUGCCACUCCUGAGUUUCAAAGAUUCUAUUUCACCCUCAAAGAGAUGCAACAAGAACUAAUCAAAAAACAAUCCCAGAGAAAAGCCCAUUCUAAAGUUGGUAACUUUUUAAAACCAAGGGUUCAUAAUAUUAAAGAUUCUUUUAACUUGCCUUCAACCUCUGGGUCUAAUAAUUAAGUCUUCAAUGUCAAAAGAAUUGUGUUUGCUAUCUGUUUGAUAUAGCAGGCUUGUUGUGAAUUUUUAAAAAUAUUUAACUUGUCUCAUUACGUAGGAGUGCCCAUUUAUAUCUUUAGUUUAUAAUGUGCAUAGUACUCGAAAGUAAUAAAAAUUUGCAUUUCUUUACAACA